CGUGGCGCGAGCUGCUCUGCGGGCUGGGGCGGGGCGGGCAGAUGGCGGCGCCGGGAGCGGGGCCGGGCUUGGAGGUCGCCCUGCAGAAGCUGGCGCUCCGGCGGAAGAAGGUGCUGAGCGCCGAGGAGAUGGAGCUGUACGAGCUGGCGCAGGCGGCGGGAGGCGCCAUCGACCCCGACGUGUUCAAGAUCCUGGUGGACCUGCUGAAGCUGAACGUGGCGCCCCUCGCCGUCUUCCAGAUGCUCAAGUCCAUGUGUGCCGGCCAGCGGCCGCCGAGUGAAUCCCAGGACCCCACGGCCGGGACGCUGCCGCCAUCGAGCCUCCCCGAGACCAGAGAGGCCUCCUUUCUCUCUGCUGAGAACUGUAAACCCCCUGCAAGGCCCUCCUUUUCCUCAGCCCCACGGCCUGCGGCCUCUCCAGUUCUGCUCCACAGCUCGGCUGCCGCGUACUCGCCUCUAUCUCCAGGGCCCCCCAGUUCCCUCCGGUUCUCUUGCUGCCUGUUCUCUCCUUUUGCAGGGAGAAACAAAGGCAGCACUGCACUUGCUGGAGGCCCACUGGCAGAACGCAGCAGCCGGGAAGGAGCCAGCCAAAGGAUGCCCCGACAGCCCAGUGCAACCCGGCUGCCCAAGGCGGGAGGCCCUGGAAAGAGCCCGCCUCGGGGCAGUACCUGAAUGGAACAGUCCUCAUAACACCUUCUAGUGAAGACUGUGUAUUUCCUGCACUUGCUAAUAAAACUUGAAAAACUGA